AUGGCUGAGAGAAGAUUCUUGGCUCUAGAGAAACGUCUCGAUCAAGCACCAGAAUUGAAGAAGCAAUACAGCGACUUUUUGAAGGAGUAUGAAUCACUUGGGCAUAUGAGGGAGAAUCGAACAGCCGACGCAGAUCAGACUCCAAGUUUCUACUUACCGCACCACUACGUUUUGAAGCCAUCCAGCACGACAACUAAGCUUCGCGUAGUGUUCGAUGGAUCUGCUACUUCGGACUCUGGGGUCUCGAUUAACCAAACGCAGAUGAUAGGACCGAUUGUGCAAAAUGACUUGAUCGCUAUCCUGUUGAACUUUCGAUCGCACAGAUUUGCAUUCACCGCUGAUAUUCCUAAAAUGUAUCGGCAAGUUGCCUUGCAUAAAGAUGACGUUUCCUAUCAGAGAAUCCUCUGGCGAGAGGAUAAGAGCCAACCUUUGAAGACCUUCGAUCUACUGACAGUAACAUAUGGUCUAGCAUCAUCCCCAUUUCUUGCUACCAUGUCACUGCGUCAACUAGCCAUUGAUGAACAAGAAAGCUAUCCAUUAGCUGCAAAGAUUGUGCAGAGAGCAUGCUAUAUGGACGAUAUUCUAACGGGAGCAAACACGUUGGAAGAAACUAUCCAGUUGAAGAACCAAGUCGUCAAACUACUCAAGAGAGGUUGUUUCAGUGUGCACAAAUUUGCUUCAAAUUGUAUCGAACUUCUGGCGGAUGUUCCUGAGGAGCAAGGUGAAAGUGGCAUCGAAAUUGAAGAUCCAAGCAUCAACGUCAUUAUGAAAACGCUUGGUGUAGCUUGGAACCCCGUUGAAGACCAUUUCACGUUCGUCCUGUCCAAGUUAACCGAACCUGCAAUAACGAAAAGAGAAAUCCUGAGCCAAAUAGCAAAAAUCUUCGACCCGUUGGGCUUCGUGGGCCCGGCGGUUACUGCAGCUAAGCUGAUCCUGAGGGAGCUCUGGAAUCUGAAUCUUGACUGGGACCAACAGGUUCCGGAACAAAUUGGGCAAUUGUGGCGCGACUACUACAACCAACUGAAUUGUUUGAAUGGUGUUAGAAUCCCCAGAUGGAUUCUCGGUGAACAAACAGCGGUUAUCGAGCUCCACGGAUUUGCGGACGCAUCGGAUUUGGCGUAUGGCGCCUGUCUCUACUCUCGUUUGAUACGUCACGAUGGAGUAGCCGAAAUGAAGCUGAUAUGUAGCAAAGCACGAAUUCUACCCCGCAAGACUGGCAAUCAGAAGCAAAUUACGACACCACGUGCCGAACUGAUGGCAGCUCAACUGCUAACUCGACUGACGGCUAAACUAUUGACCUCGAUCGAAAUUCAAGUCCGAAGUAUUAUAUUGUGGAGCGACUCCCAAAUAGUUCUGUGUUGGAUCCGAAAACCACCUGAAACUCUUGCUCUAUUUGUUAGUAACCGAGUACGAGACAUUCAGAUUAUUGGCGAUCAAUUCGUCUGGAAAUACAUACCCUCGAUUUCGAACCCUGCAGAUUGCCUGUCUCGUGGUGUUCAACCGAAAGAUCUUGCUGCCCACACACUCUGGUGGAACGGGCCACCGAGUCUUCAAUCAACUGAACCAGACAUUGAACAACCGCUUACGAUAAAAGACGAAGAUUUGCCUGAAUUAAAAGGUAACAUUUUCCUGACGACGCUACCAAACACUCGGUUGCCACUAUUUAAUAAAAUCAGCCGUUUCCCAGUUAUUCAUCGGGCUAUGGCUUACGUCGUGCGUUUUUGUGAUUACAUCCGCAAUGGAAAGAAAACGCUAACCAAGGGUCUAUUGCAAGCUGACGAAAUGAAACGAGCAUCAACGCUUAUUUUGAGACUUUUCCAAGCUGAAAUGUUUGAAACAGAAAUCAAGUUAAUAACAACCGACAGAUUAGUAAAAUCCCCGCUCCUCAAUCUUAGUCCGUUCAUUGAUUCACAUGAUGGUAUUCUUCGCGUUGGUGGUCGUCUGAAGAACGCACAAGUACCCUACGAAUAUAAACACCAAGCACUUCUGCCAGAUAAGCACCCACUGACAAUAACACUGAUACGGCAUCUGCAUCUUACGAACCUCCACGUUGGACAACGAAGUCUCUUAGCCAUCGUCAGGCAGCGCUACUGGCCCCUCAAGGCAAAGAAUCUUAUACGCAAGAUCGUACAUGAUUGUGUACCAUGUUGCCGCUUGAAACCGAAAAGAUCCACACAGUUUAUGGGAGACUUGCCAGAUUACCGUGUCCAACCAGCACCAGUAUUUACGAAUACUGGCCUCGAUUUCGCUGGACCGUUCAAGGUUCGUGCUACUACCAAGUUGAGAAGCCCUCAGACAACGAAAGGCUACAUCUGUGUGUACGUAUGUAUGGCUACCCGAUGCAUCCACCUUGAAUUAGUGUCCGACCUGACCUCUGAAGCGUUCCUUGGUUCUUUGCACCGAUUUGUCAGUCGCCGAGGCUUAGUAGAAAGAAUUUACUCUGACAAUGCUACAAAUUUCGAGGGUGCGAACAACGAACUACGACGUUUGGCUGCAUUGUUCCUAGAGGAGCAACAUCAACGUACAAUCAACGAUUUCACCACACAACGAGGGAUUCAAUGGAGCUUCAUACCGCCGCACAGUCCCCAUUUUGGUGGUAUAUGGGAGGCUGGCGUAAAGUCAGUUAAAACGCAUCUCAAGUUGAUACUCGCCGAACAUUGCCUGUCGUACGAACAAUUCUCAACGGUACUCACCCAGAUAGAGUCAAUUUUGAAUUCUCGUCCUCUAUGCCCUCUGUCUGACGACCCAAAUGAUAUCCGUGCGAUAACGCCAGCGCACUUCCUGAUAGGAAGGGAAUUCCAAGCGAUCGUCGAACCGUCGUACCACGAUAUCCCAGCGAACAGGCUCUUUCGCUGGCAAUUCUUGCAAGAUCUCAAACAGAAAUUCUGGAAAAUCUGGAUGACCCACUAUCUACAUGAGCUACAACAGCGUCAAAAAGACUUCAAACAUACAACGUUUAAAGAAGGAUCUCUGGUGCUGCUGGUCGACGAAAACCUUCCACCUCUACAGUGGGUUAUGGCCCGCAUCAAAGAGUUGAUUCCUGGUAAGGAUGGCCACACUCGUGUGGUUAGCCUUCAGCUGCCCAAUGGAAAAACUACUACGAGAGCUGUUAAGAAUAUCUGUCUACUGCCGCUGGACACCUAG